AUGAACUUUAUCCAAAUACGCCGCUUAACAACAAAAGUUCCUGUACCACCAGUUUUAUCAAUUGAGCAUGUAGGCACUUCAGUCGCAGAUGCGGCACGUAUCAAUCGUUUAGUUAACUUUUACCAAAAAGUGCCUAAAGGACCAAGACCAAUCCCGGAACCCAAAAGUCUCGCUGACCGAUAUCGAGCAAAAUAUAUCCAUACUAACUCUGCAAUGCCACUUGUUCAUAUCAUUACUGCGAUUUUGGGAAUUGGAUAUUUUCUUGAUUAUCAAUUUCAUUUGAAACAUCAUAAAGAGAAAAAAUAUCAUUAA